UUGGUGGACUUCAAGGUCAGCCAACAAAGCCUUCUUUACAUACAAUACGUCAUAGGGUCGAAGAGGUGUCGCUGAAGGUUUUUAUUUCUAGAGAGAUAGGCGUGGCAAUCAGAACCAUAAAGAAAAGCCUCAACGUGACACCCGAGCUACCGAACCUUCAGUAGAAGAGAGAGAAGCAUCCAUGAGGGAACCGACAAUGAGAGACAGUGCUGGCCUACAUAUCCCUAAAUGUAAAGGAUGCCUCGGACCGCUUUAUUUCCAGAGCAGUGAUGGCUCUAAGCUGUCGCUGAUGGCGGGCUGCCGGUACGCAGAGAGACAAAAGGAUACCUUCCAGAACGCCCUGGCCUUCAGCAACCGACCAAUCGCCAUAGAGGAGAGAAUCCACGUCCGCGUGGAGAGAUGUGACCAGCACUGGCAAGGCGCCCUGCGGUUGGGCUUCACCGCCAUAUCUCCGUCGUUGUUUGCUUGGGACGACAAACUCAGCAUAGCCAAUCCGGAAGGCCCUCGCACCGGCCUCGGUUACUGGGCGCGUCAGCUGCCUACCUGUCACACGUUGCCAGGGGCCGAGCUGUGUUUCUGGGUCAACUCCCGGGGCGUGUUAAUGUACAGGGGACCAGACCAUGUCAAAAAAAAGCUUUUCGUCGGCGUAGACUUGGGACGACCUCUCUGGGCCAUGGUCGACGUGUACGGCCAGACCAGGGCGGUGCGUAUGUUGGGGUCCAAAAAGAAAAAAAUAGGAUUUAGGACAAAGAAAUCCUGCCCGGCAACCCCUCCCCCGGCUCCCACGGACGGAGACAGCUGCCUGUGUGUGGACCGAGGGCAGCCGUGUGAAAGGCCUCGCCAGUCGCCCUCAACGUACACACAGCCACCAAACAGCCCCGACUCAACUUCACCUGAGGUUUGUGUGGUGUGUCUCGAGGAUUGCGCAGCAAGCGUGACUCUUGUGUGCGGUCACCGGUGCCUCUGUUCCAUCUGCGCCAAUCGGAUUAUAGCAGAGUUUGGGACGUGCCCAAUCUGCCGCCAGUCCAUAUGAACUACAUGUCAACAAGAGACUGCAAGGCUUUAGUCCCCAAAGAAGAUAAUGUAGAACAACAGAUCUUGUUAAAUGGAGUUUAAUUUCAAACACACUCACUUGUUGCAGUCGGAUCUAAGGUUCUUGUCGUCAUUUUGUAAAUAUCUCUAGGCCUACAUAAUUAAUCAUUGUAAAAUACAUUUUGGUUAAAACAUGCAAUUAGUUUUACUACUUUACUUACUUUGGGAGUGCCUAAUUGGAUGUUAUUGGAAGCAGGGACGUGCACAGGGGGGUUGCUC